AUGACCAAAAAGCCCUACCCCGUGCUCGCACCUCGCGGUCAAAUCCCUAUCAUACAUCUCCCACACCUUACACCAUCUCUUACCCCACGAAUCUCGCUCACUCAACGUAUUUUAACACCGCUUAUCAUAUGUGUGACAUUGGUCAUUCUGCUGCUGUGCGUCGUGACGGGUAUUUUGUUGACGGUUAAGAUAUUUGGGGGUGGGCAUGCGCGUGCGCUUGUGUUGAGAGUUGGGACGGGAUGUGUGGUUGCUGGGUCCUCACUCACCCUCAUCUAUCUCCUCCUCCAUUUUUCCGCCAUUAUCAAAAACCAUCCCAUCGGUUUCGUGCGUCCUCCAGAGUUGAAACUGCACGCGUAUAGUUUUAUAGCUGCGCGCGUUACGCUUGUUUCGUGGAUGUUAUCGAUUAUCGUAUCGAGCGUCGUUGUAUCGAAAUCGAAAGUGUGUGUUCCAGGAACGACAGAUUGUAAGGUGCAGAUUGGAGGAUUGGUUUUGAGUUGUGUUGGGUUUGUAGCGAUAGGAAUCAUCCUCACCGCCCUCGAAGCCUGUCAAUAUCCCUUCCAACUUCCCGGCCGUACCAACAUUCUUCAAGACGGAGAAAUAAACUGUCGCGUAUCUUCCUUCGGCGACGAUCUCGUAGAUAGCAAUCUCACUUCACUCAAUCCCUCUGCCGCCAAUAUUUUGCAGUCACGAUUGGCAAGUGCGUCAGCAAGUGCUGAUUCCAUACCAUCACUUCCUGACGAUUAUCUGUUUAUGGGAAAUGAGAGAGAAGAGUGGGAGAAAAAUUACUCGCUUGCAUUAGCGAAGGAGCGAAUUACUAGAGAGACGAAUAUUAAAAGGAAGCCUGUGCCUAUUGAAAUAGCUGCAGAAGAGGGACUACUGAAAUUUGAGUCCCAAGUAAGUGUGAGUUCUAUGCCGGGGGAAUUUCCUGAGGAAAGAGAAAGGAUUGUGCCAUUAAGACCGCGAUAUACACCUAUUUCUGAACCUAUCUCUACGCCUUUACUUGCGCCUGCAUUAUCUCAAGAAAAAGAAAAGGAGAAAGAAAAGGAAAAAGGCAAAGGCUGGGGAAUCAGCUGGUCAUAUCUCACAAGAGACACGAGCACAAACAUUAGUACUGCAACGGAAUUGAACGAUAACGAGAAGUGCGUAACCCAAUCUGAUUCAGCGAUAUCUUUGGGUGUCCCAUCAAGCCCCAAUUCCGGGCGUACCACGUGCGGCACUUGCGCGCACCCAACGUCGAAACCUCCCAGCAACUUUGUAUCGCAGAGAAUAGGAAGACAAAGGAACGUAACGCCGAGUGGUAGUAUAAUCGACGCUUCAAUGCGAUCUCCAUUAUCCACUAUGCGAACGGCCGAGUCUCCAGAAAUAGCCAUCAAGCCCGAUGUGGCUUUAGUUCCAACCACCGUUGCUUCAUCACUGGAUCGAAUAUCUCCCCGGAAACCUCCCAUUACUCAACCGUUACCAAUUGCAAUUCUAAACGAAAUGAUGAUAAGAAGACCAUCGGUUCCUGCUCCGUCCAGAAUGCCAGGAGCAUUUACGAAAGACUAUAUACAACCACCUCCUGGGCAUAUUGCACCGCUCAAGAGAAAACCUAUCGAAAGCGACAAAAUGCUCAAUCGCUCGCCCAGAUCGUGGAAAGAUGCUCUCCCAAUACGAGGUGGAAGUUUCAAAAUCGAACGAAAGCCACUACCUUCAAGCAAAGAAAUCCCUCCCCAUACAUCUAAAAACCCCGCUAUAAAAUAUACUUCAAAACAUAAUUUCGAACCGCAAAAAUCCACAGCGAAUAUUCGAGAUGUAUUUCCUAAUAUCACACGAGGGCCCCUUGAUCAAAAUCACGAUCAUAAUCCCAAGCCCGUAUCCCCAUCCACGACCAACAAACCCAAGCCUCUCACCCCCAAAAAGAAUUUCAAAGGCCAAAAACCCACGCAGACAUCCCACAAAUCGCCCAACACCGCAAUCGUAAUUAAAAAACGCAGCACAGAAGUGCGAGUUCCCGGCGCAUUCAUCGAGUACUCCAAGCCCGGACCGAAAAAAGAACGACCUAUUAGUCGAGAGAUGAAGAUCCCCGGUGCGUUUAUCGAAAGUGUUCCUUCGACUCCUGAAAUGGAGAAAAAUCAAGAAGAGGAAACUAUUGUUCAGAAAAAGCCACAGGGGGUGAGACCGUUGAGAUUACGACCGAAAGGUAAAGUUAUUGAGAAAGAAAAAGAGAAGACGAAAGAUAAAGUAAAAGCCAAACCGACGGAACCUAGAAAUCCAAAACAAGCAGACAAAACCCCAGAAAUUGACGAACCAGAAACUCUCUAUAAAUCGGCACCCCUCGGACCUCGCCCCUUCAAAAGAAGAUUGUUUGGGAGACCGAAUGUUAGGACUACGAAGAAUGGGAAUGAGGGAGAGACUGCGCAACUAUGGGGGGAUAUGGAGUGGGCACGCGUGGAACCGUUAAGGAAAUUGAGUUUGGGGGAGGUGUCAAGUGGGAUGGGGAAUCUGUGGGAUGGGGAAUCUGUGGGACGAUUGAAUGGUUUAUUAUGUUAG